UUCCAACGUAAGACUUCCACACGGAAGGCAUCUGCUUCUUCAGCACCUCUCUCUACAAACAUACCCAAAAACUGAAAAUACUUUCUUCAAAAUCUGGAAAUUGCUUAAGGUCUUGCCUCUUACAUUCGCUGCCAUUUACUGCUGUUCUUCACUGCUAGAGAUCUUAAAAUGCAGACGCUGUAAUUUUGUCUUGACUUUAAAGUGGGUGGAGGUUUUUCUUUCCUAUCAAUUGGUGGUUGUUUGAUUAGCACUCUUACCUACAGCCAUUGGAGUCUGGAGUGGAUCUUAAGCCAUGGUUCUUGGGUUGAGGUCAAAGCACAGAAAGGGAAGUUCUCUUCAGGUUGAUUUUAUCAUCCAUGUAGAGGAGGUUAAGCCUUGGCCUCCAUCACAAUCCCUAAAAUCUGUCCAGUCAGUAUUAUUUGUCUGGGAAAAUGGUGAACAGAAUUCUGGAUCCUUUGUAUCUGAUGUUGGAGAUACCGGGAUUGAGUUCAAUGAAUCGAUAACUCUCCCAGUGACUUUAUGCCGAGAUAAGAAGGCUCAAGAUAAAUUCCAGAAGAAUUUCUUAGAUUUUUACCUGUACGAGCCUCGGAAGGACAAGGGAAGUAGAGGCCAGCUUUUGGGGACAUGUGUAAUUAAUCUUGCAGACUUUGGGGCUACCGAGGAGGCUAUUAGCAUUUGCACUCCAGUGAACUGCAAAAAGAGUUCUAAAAGCGUAGACCAGCCGUCCCUGUUUAUUACGAUUCAGUCGUUCCAUAGAGAUAGCUCAAAUUCACCACCUAAAGUUAGCUUAUCGAAUGAAAAAUACAUUGACAAGGACGGACAAACAUCUGUUGCAGAUUCGGUGAAUGAGGAAAAUGAUGAAGGAUGUGAAAUUGCCACUUUCACUGAUGAUGAUGAUGAAUCACCACAUUCAUCACACAAUGCCUCUUUUUCUACAUUGAAGAGUUCUAGGGAUCCACCAUCUCAUUACUCAAAGAGUGGAGUUGAUUCGAUGAAUAAAAGCUUAGGAAGGGACCAAGUUUCAGAACCAGACACUACAGUUUCUUUUGCUAAUAUUUCUGGCAGAGAUUUAAGAAGUUCAGAUGACAAUAGUGCUUUGAUGACCUCAGAAAGCUCAUCCUUGAAUGCUGAAAACCCUACAAAUGGCCACAGCUCUUUUGCCAAAUUAUCUGAGAGAAGCAUGACCUCUGUCCAUAAAAAGUCUGCUCACCCUGUCAUUGAAUCUUCUUCUUCGUUCACAACUUCCCGAGGAACAAAUGGGAAGUCAGCAACCACCAAGAGAUGGUUUGAGCAGCUAGAUGUUGAACAAGAUGAAGAACUCCUGGAUGAUUUGCAACAUUUCUCAGAAAUUAAAUUUGGUACUGACCCUUCACAAUAUGCAGGGAGAAAAAGUAACUUGAGGAGUGAUACUCUAAAUUCCAACAAAAGAGAACAUGUGUUUCAGGGCUCUAGCGUUACAAGUGUAAAGACGAAGCACUCGAAGUCUCCCCAGCUAAAUAACACAGCUAACAGAACUACGCUUUCCGGUGGCAGCCAGACAGCAUCAGAUAAGUCACCACAUGGGCUUCCUGAUCGUAAAAAUGAAUCAAAGUCUAAAGUUGAGAUGCUUGAAGAAGAACUGAGGGAAACCGCAGUGCUUGAGGUCAGCCUUUACUCUGUUGUUGCUGAGCAUGCAAGUUCUUCGAACAAGAUUCAUGCUCCAGCUCGUCGCCUCUCUAGGUUCUAUCUUCAUGCGUGCAAGAUGAAGUCUCGCUCUAAACAGGCUAGUGCUGCAAGAGCUGCCAUUGCAGGUUUAGUUUUGGUUUCUAAAGCAUGUGGAAAUGAUGUUCCAAGGUUAACUUUUUGGUUAUCCAACUCAAUCAUGCUAAGAGCAAUUGUUAGUCGGGAUGCUGCUGAGACGGUUAAACCUUAUAUCGAAAACAAUGCAGGUAAGUCUGGUUCAGCUGGAAGAUCUCUCAAGCAAAGAAAUGAUUUCUCUUCCACAAAAGACUCAAGGAAGAGUCUAAAAGAGCAUACAGACUGGGAAGAUGUGAAAACAUUUGUCCUUGCACUAGAACAACUCGAGGCUUGGAUCUUCUCGCGAAUAGUCGAGUCUGUGUGGUGGCAGACUUUGACUCCACAUAUGCAAAGCAGCGUUGCUAAAACUAGUGAUAAGUCUAUGAUCUCUAAUUCUAAGAAGGGAAGAAAACCUGGUUUAGGAGAUCAAGAGCAAGGUAACUUCUCAAUAGAACUUUGGAAGAAUGCUUUCAAGGAUGCUUGCGAAAGGUUGUGCCCAGUUCGGGCAGGAGGACAUGAAUGCGGCUGCUUGUCCCUGCUGGCAAAAUUGAUAAUGGAACAGCUGGUGAGUAGGCUGGACGUGGCAAUGUUCAAUGCCAUUCUUCGUGAAUCAGCUGAUGAAAUGCCAACAGAUCCUGUGUCUGAUCCUAUUAGUGAUGCUAAGGUCCUUCCAAUCCCUGCAGGGAAAUCAAGCUUUGGGGCUGGUGCACAACUCAAAAACGCUAUUGGAAACUGGUCUCGAUGGCUGUCUAAUCUAUUUGGAAUUGAAGAGAAUGAUAGUAACGAUAUUCCUCCGGAUGGCAAGCAACAAGAGCCUUCCAAGCCAUUCAGACUCCUAAAUGAAUUAAGCGAUCUGAUGAUGCUUCCGUUUGACAUGGUGGCUGAUCCACAAACAAGAAAAGAAGUUUGCGCAACGUUCUCUCCGACACUGAUCAAGAGGAUUCUUAGCGGUUUUGUUCCCGAUGAGUUCUACCAAAAGCGAGUUCCCCAAGAAGUUUUCGAUGCCCUUGAUGCUGAGGAUGAGGUUGAUACAAAUGGAGAGCAUGUAACUAGCUUUCCUUGUAGCGCUACUCCCAUAGUAUAUUCACCGCCUUCUGCAGCUUCAGUCACCAGGUCCAUCGGGGAAGUUGGAUCCCAAUCUUUAUCGCGCACUGGAUCAUCAGUUCUGAAAAAAUCCUACACUAGUGAUGAUGAGCUGGAUGAGCUCGACUCGCCCUUGACUUCCAUUACAGCUGAUAGAUCUCGGGGAUCUUCUUCGGUGAAGAUAAACUGGAGCCCCAAAGGGGGCAAGGGCUGCCGGAAUAUUGUCAGGUAUCAGCUACUCCGAGAAGUAUGGAGAGACGACGAACAAUGAGAUGGUGAACAUAUCACAUAUGCAAUGUAUGAGUUAUGCCUUUUAAUUACAGUUUAAAAAAGUUCUUGAGCAGGAGAUUGUGAUUACGGAGUAUUAUUUUUUUUCGUGUGAACUCGUGUAAAUAGAAUGUAGAUGGCUUAAUCUAUAUAAGAAGAUGAAUCUUUAUAUUUUGUGUAAUGAAUUACCACGUUGGUGGAUAUAUGAAAUCGGAUUUGUUGAAUCUAUAGUGAAGACGUGAAGUUUAUUCCCA